UAUGUUCCAUUAUGACAUUUUCCUAGAGUCAAUUUUCGCAAAACAAUUUUAAAAAUUCCAGUGUUUUAUCCAGUACAAAAUCUCAACGCCCGAUCAUGUCCAAGACCUCACCUUUCCCAUCGGCAUUCCCAGUCUUCAGACCUCGUUCAGUAAAAAGCCUCAUCAUCGAAGAGGAUAUAAUAGAGAAACUUGGAGGGGGCAAGAUAUGCGACAUCCCAGCCACCAGCACCAAACCCAAGGUCAACGUCUUCCCCUAUUGGCGACCAAAGAAGAACCUCUGUCUCGACUACAGCCUAUCCCAAGAUCACAUCAUCGUCGAUACCAGGAGGGUGAAGAUCUUCGCUAGAAAAACCGCCGCAACCUACGACUGGAACCCCAAACCGGUGGUUCCCAAGGCCAAGAGGUUCAAGUUCGGGAACGGUAUGAUGCCUCCAGGUCAGUUCGUCGAUGAGAUGUACAGGGAGAAGGUGGACGAGAGGCAGAAAAAGUACCUGGCAGCGCUAACCAAGAGACUGACGGUGAAGAAGAGGAGGGAGCACAGCAUAAAGAACAAGAGGCUGUUCCAGAUGCUGCACAGGAACCUGAUCAUCGACAAUUUUGCCAUAUACAAGAGGCCGUGCUUCUCCAGAUGUAUAUGUACCGAGUGUUUCAGAUAUCCAAAAUCGUUUGUACGGCCCGAGUGGUGGUGAAUAUGUAUUUAUGAGUAUUUUGGUUGUUUCAAUGUUUGUAGUUGAGGGUGUGUCAAUACAUGUUUUUCGGGUA